AUGUUAAGACAAGGAAUCAUUCGGCCUAGUAGAUCACCCUUCUCAUCUCCAGUUUUAUUGGUUCGUAAGCAUGAUGGAACUUGGCAUUUUUGUGUUGAUUAUCGUGAGCUCAAUGCUAAGACAGUGAAGGAUAAAUUUCUAAUUCCAGUGAUGGAUGAAUUAUUAGAUGAAUUGUACGGGUCCAAAUAUUUCACGAAGCUAGAUUUGAAGUCGGGCUAUCAUCAGGUCCGCAUGGAUCCCCUAGAUAUUGAGAAGACAGCCUUUCGCACGCAUCAUGGCCACUUUGAAUUUUUGGUUAUGCCGUUUGGAUUGUCAAACACCCCAUCAACAUUUCAAGCACUAAUGAAUGAGGUUUUUAAACCACACUUGCGUCAAUUUGUGUUGGUUUUCUUUGACGAUAUUUUAAUAUAUAGCAAAACAUGGGAUGAUCAUCUCACUCAUAUUGGCAUCGUUUUUGAGUUAUUGCGUACCCAUAACCUUUAUGUCAAGAGAUCCAAAUAUUCUUUUGGAGAGACCCAAGUAGCAUAUCUUGGCCAUGUGGUGUCUGAAACAGGCAUGGUAACAGACACAAACAAGGUUGAGGCUAUCAUUGAUUGGCAUCAACCACAGUCCACCACUACCUUGCGCAGAUUCUUGGGCUUAGCAGGUUAUUACCGUAAAUUUAUAAGAAUUUACUGUCAGUUAGCAGCCCCUUUAACUCACAUGCUUAAAAGAAAUUCGUUCCAGUGGGAUGAAACAACUUUGGCUUCUUUUGACACUCUUAAAAAAGCACUUGCAACUGCUCAUAAUGGCCAUCCUAUUGCUUUGUUCAGUCGACAACUGGCAGCUCGACACUUUAAAUUGGCUGCAUAUGAGCGAGAAUUAAUUGGCUUGGCUAAAGCAGUGCAACAUUGGCAUCCUUAUCUAUGUGGCAUGUCUUUCUUGAUUCGCACAGACCACUAUAGCCUUAAAUACUUGUUGGAACAACGGCUUACGACUUCAUCUCAACAACAUUGGAUCAGCAAGCUUAUGGGAUUUGAUUUUUAUGUAGAGUAUAAGGCAGGCCACUUGAAUAAGGCUGUUGAUGCCUUGUCACGUCGUCCUGGUAAGGAGGAAUUACUGUAUGCCAUCAGCCAACCACGUAUACUACUGCUUAAUGCGAUUAGAGAAGAGAUCUGCAAUGAUGCUUCCUUGCAAGAAUUAGUUCAACAAGAUAUCAUGAUAAUGCCUAUGAAGGGCUACAAAAAACACUGCAGCGCAUACGGCAAGAUUUCUACUGGAAAGGUAUGGGCUGGCAUCUCAAUGGACUUUAUUGAUGGCUUAGCAAAGGCUUGGGGCAAAACAGUAUUUUUUGUGGUAGUCGAUCAUUUUUCCAAAUAUGCACACUUCAUACCCAUGUCUCACCCUUACACUGCAACCCGUGUUGCCUAUGUUUUCUUUGAGAAUAUUGUUAGAUUGCAUGGGAUACCCGAAUCGAUUACUUGUGACAGGGAUGUGAUUUUUAUAAGCACAUUUUGGAGAGAAUUGUUUCGUCUAUGUGGAACAAAGUUGGCAUUCUCUUCUGCUUAUCAUCCUCAGACUGAUGGUCAAACUGAAGUUGUGAAUCCUCCCUUUAAGGUUGUUUAUGGACGAGAUCCUCCUUGUCUAUUGUCCUCUGUGGCUGGUUCUUCAAGAGUAGAGGCUAUUGACAAUGCAUUGCCGGAUUGUGAUUUAGUUCUGCUUGACAUUUGCAGCAAGUUGAAAAAAGCUCAAGUUAGGAUGAAAGACUGUUAUGACAAAGGUGACCGUGAGGUUGCAUAUGAGCCAGGUUCACUACUUUGGCUGUGUUUACAUCCUUAUCGUCAAAAAUCUAUUGCGGGUCAACUACGCCAUAAGCUUGCACCUCAGUUCUUUGGGCCUUUUCCUAUGUUGCGGCGAAUAGGGAAAGUUGCGUAUGAGUUUCAGCUGCCCAGUGAUUGUAAGUUGCAUAAUGUAUUUCAUGUAUCCCUCCUUAAAGCUUUUAAGAGUGUUGCUCCCACAGUUUCUCUGACUCUGCCACCACUAGCGGAUGGUCGUGUUGUUCCUAUGUCUUAUUCUGUUCUACGAGCUCGUCUUAAUCGAGGAACUUGGAAACUCUUAGUGCACUGGUGUGGGUUUGAUUGGUCAGAUGCUACUUGGGAGGAUGCUGAACAUUUUC